AUGACACAAGAAGAUGAUCUGGAGUGGUUACAAGUGGAUCCUAGUCCAGGGUUACUCUCACAACUAUGUUUGCAUAUGGGUGUCCAAAACGUUCAAGUGGAACCUGUUUUAUCAAUAGAUCGAGAUUUUUUAUGUGAUCAACGACCGGUCUACGGAAUGAUGAUCUUUACGUAUCAUAAAACAUCUCAUCCAUCUUCUUAUAUUUCAACAAAAGAUGAUUUUACAACAAAUGAUCAUCUUUAUUUUGCAAAUCAAGUGGUAAACAAUGCCUAUGCUAUGCAUGCCUUACUAAGUAUUCUUCUUAAUUGUGAUAUCAUUGAUAUUGGUCCUACUUUGGUGGAAUUCAAACAAUUUACAAAAGAUUUUUCUCCAUUGAUAUGUAUUCUAUGUAAUGUCAAGGGGCUAAGCCUUAGCAAUAGUGAUGCCAUGCGGGAAUCUCAAAACCACGUCGCUAGGUUGUGGCCUAAGAAGAAAUCGACUAGUAGCCAUGUCUAUCAUUAUGUUAGCUAUAUUCCGUUUGAAGGUUACUUGUGGGAAUUAGAUGGUUUCAAAAGAGGUCCUUUACGUCUAGGUCCAUGUACAGAUCAAAACUGGUUAGAUAAACUUCAAUUCGAAUUGGUACGAAAAACAGAAGGAUAUCAAAAACAACAUAUACCUUAUUCCAUGUGGUCUGUCAUUGAAGAUCGACGAAAUGUAUUACAACGAAAAUUACAAGCAAAACUAUAUUAUAAGGAACAAGUGGAACAACAUUUAAAUCAUCACUUUCCAGAAUGGAGGAUGGAUGUUCAACAAUGGGAAGAGGAAUAUCAACAUGCAAUGACCGAUGCACAAAAUAGACGAGGCAUGGAUGUAGCGGCACAUAUGACUUUAUCAAGUAAUACAUUAGAUGAUGAUUAUCAACAAUUAAAAUUACAAUUACAACAACAUCAUCAACAGUAUGAUCAACAUAGUCAUCAGGAUCAAUUGAAAGAAUGGAGAGAUCUUUGGUUACAAGCUCAAGAUGAAAUCUUACGACUUUAUAAUUGUUUGGGCAAAGAAGAUGAGAAACAUCAUAAUUAUCAGUGUGAUAAUCUUCGACGACAACACGAUUAUGGUCCCUUUAUUACUGCUUAUUUGGAAGCUCUUCAUACUCAAGGUCGUUUACAAUCACUUAUUACCCCUCCCUCUUGA